AUGGCCUUUGUCCCGGCACCGGGCUACCAGCCCACCUACAACCCGACGCUGCCCUACAACCAGCCCAUCCCAGGUGGGCUCAGCGCUGGCAUGUCCGUGUAUAUCCAGGGAGUAGCAAAAGAGAACAUGAAACGAUUCCAGGUGAACUUCAUGGUGGGGCAGGACCCGGGGGCUGAUAUUGCCUUCCACUUCAACCCCCGCUUCGAUGGCUGGGACAAGGUGGUGUUCAACACGAAGCAGGGUGGCCAGUGGGGCAACGAGGAGAAGAAGAGGAGCAUGCCCUUUAGCAAGGGCACCCACUUCGAGCUGGUGUUCAUGGUGCUGGAUGAACACUACAAGAGACCUGUGACCACACCAGCUUAUCCAGGUUCUGGAUUUGGUCCCGGAUAUGGUACCCCACCAAUGAGCAGUUUACCUAUCAUGCAGGGACCCCCAACCUUCAACCCGCCUGUGCCUUACACGGGGAGACUGCAGGGGGGACUUACGGCACGAAAAACCAUCAUCAUCAAAGGCUACGUACCUCCUCAUAGCAAGAGCUUUGCCAUCAACCUGAAGGUGAGCUCUUCUGGGGACCUGGCCCUGCACAUUAACCCCCGCUUGGGUGAGAAUGCUGUGGUCCGCAACAGCUUCCUCAAUGGCUCCUGGGGCUCUGAGGAGAGGAAGCUUUCCUACAACCCCUUCGGUGCUGGCCAGUUCUUUGAUCUGUCCAUUCGCUGCGGCCUGGAUCGCUUCAAGGUUUAUGCCAAUGGGCAGCACCUCUUCGACUUCUCGCAUAGGUUCACCUCCUUCCAGAGGGUGGACAUGGUGGAAGUUCAAGGUGAUGUCACCUUGUCUUAUGUCCAGAUCUAA